AUGGCCCCCGUUUCAUUUGCCCGGGCAGCCCAUGUGCAGUGGAUGCAGGCCGUCAAACAUCAGUGUGUGAACCGAUCAAUUGGCGAAGACGGGGAGGUCUUUGGCGAGAAGGAGCGCGAGAACAGAUACGGCGCGACUAAGAUCAUACAACCACGUUGA